AUGGCCAAUGUUCUUUAUCCGCAUACCGACUUUCACCCAAGACCAGUGCCUCACACACCUUCAUCUUUUGGAUUUGGAUUUGGACUCGGUCCUUCUCCUUCAACCUCCAUGAGUACUGCCACAGGCUGGGGUGCUUCAACUCCAGGGCACACAAAUCCUGCGGCUUUUCAUCAGCUUGCUUCCUCACUAACUCAGUCGACGUCUAAUAGACCUCAGAAGAGGAGACAUGAUCCCGAAGAUGAAGCAGAGCAUCCGCGACGCUCUCUUUCCCGCGAUGAAUCCAUGGACAGAAGUCCUACACCCGAGCGUCCCAAACGAGCAGCGCCAAAACGUGCUCGGGUCCUCAAUCCAUCGGAAUCUGCUGCCACCAAAGAUGCCACAUCUUCCAAAGACAAGCGAAACUCUGAAGAUUCAAACGAUGACGACGUUGACAUUGGCGUGUUGUUAGCUAGCCUCCCUCCUCAAUCAUUGCUGCCCCUUCUCUCUUCCCUUCUUCAAACUCAGCCUUCGUUGAAGUCUGUAAUCCUUCCUUUAAUUCCCCGACCGACUCUCGAAUCUGCUGAGCAAGUAUUGGCUCAAGCAGCCAAGCGGUUGCGAGAUGCAUAUCCGUACUCCAGCACACCAACGUUUUCACAAGGACCUUCCGUCUUUGGGUCGACACGAGCUCCCCAGUCAAUUUUUGGUCCCACAUCUUCAUCGUCUCCUGUGGGACAACCCGUCAUGCGCGACUCAUAUAUAAUCUCUCGGCUGCGUCCCCACGUUGCGGAUUACGUAUCAACCUGCAUGUCAUACUUUCCCUACUUCUCAUGCAUACCUCCACCAACACAGACGACAGAUUCGUCUCCCGGCAAUCAGACGACUUCGGCGACCACCAUCCAGGGAUUGCACAGGGAUAAAUUCCAUCCUUCGGAAACCUUCCUCUUCCUUGCUGCAGUGACGAAUCAGAUAAUCAACCAGCCGGCUCUUACACUGUCUGAACUGGCGCCGAUGAUUGUCCCACGGCUAACGCAGGAGUGGAAGACAUGGGUCGACAAGAUCGAUGAAGUCGUGAACCGAGAGGGGGGUAUGUUUGGAAGGGAGACGGUGACGGGCUGGGAGCGCGCGCUGGACGCGAUGGUGGAUGCGAAGGCGCCUGGUGUGUCUGAAGAGGUGAUGAGGGGAAUCCGGGACAGCUGGGUAAGCAAGGUGGGCUGGCUGGUGGGGAGAAGCAGCUCGCAACGGAUGGACGAGCUUUAG